AUGACACACGAUAAUAUCAGUGCUUCAUUUCGCCCGAUUACUGAAUUAGCAGAUUUAACUCCUCAUGCUGAAUUUCUACCAUAUCCUAACAACGACUUCGAUGUAUCUAUCGAUGAAGAUCUUCAACGAAUGGAAACGAAGAAACCCGUCAGUGAUUUUAAUCAUCGACAUGAUCAAAUUAAUAAUACUAACGAAGUAAAUCCAUGCUUUCCGACAAGAACGGAUCGAAUGGCAAUGAUGAAUGGUGCUUCCAUUCGGAAAUGUUGUGAAAUGUUCAAGGAGUAUCUUAAUAGAAUCGUUGAACAUCGAAAAUUUCGUCAUCAUCUACGUCAAUUUUUCAAUGUCAGUUUUCUUUCAUUCAUCCACGGUAUAUGCAUCAGCCAGAAAGAAAAUUAUUUACUCAAACGAGUCCACAAUGACUCUCGUGGUUCUCGUCGUUUGAUUCAUUUACCAUCCGCUUUAAACUCGUCUCUGAUUCAUCAUCGAGAAUACGUACAUUUCGAGUUUGAUGCUUUUCGGAUUGAAAUGCACAUUGUCGUAGAUGAUACAGGAGUUAAAAAUGGUAUUGAAAUAAAACCAUCGGGCGAUGAGACAUUUCGAUUAGAUAUUCUUUUAGGAAAAAUCACUGUAUGCUUUCGCUUUCCAUCGACUAAUUUGAUUGUUCUCUUUGAAUAUGAUGUGCCAUUUACUAUGGUCUUAAAUAGUUCAUAUACAAAACGCACAGUUCUCUUUUGGUUCCAUCACAAGGAAAUGGUUGUUAUCCAUCAGAAAGUUGCAUUUCUCUACGGAAUCGAUCUAUGCUUUGGCUGA